CCCGGAAGUACUAUGGCGGAGGGAGUUGAAAAUAUUCUUGCAGCCACUGAAGACUUUGAUAUUGACCUUGAUGAGCUUGGAAUAGAUAUUCCUCCUAUAGGAAAUGCCCCUACCCUUGAAAGCAUCCUAAAUGAGCCUGAUGCUGAGUCAGCGUUUGAUGAUGAAGAUGAUGUUGACAUAUUUAAUAAUGAUGCUGGGGACUCUUCAUCAAUGUCCAGUCAGGAGGGAAUUCUAUCUGACAGCAAGAUCAAACUAAAUAGAAAGAAGGAUGAGUCCUAUGCUAUACAUGGGUCUAUUCUACGUCAUGUUAUUCUAAAAGGAAUCUCGUCACAGCUCAUGUCAGCUGCUGACAGAGUGAAUGCAGGAAUGCCCACUGCCAUUGCAGUCAAUUCUAUGAUUAGUGUUGGAACAUCCCAUGGGCUUGUACUUGUUUUUGAUCCCAAGCAGGUGUUGAAGUGGUGCUUAGGUAGCACUGCAGUGGGGGCUCAAUAUGGGGCAGUGUCUGCACUUAGCUUUAAUAGGGACUGCACAAGACUGCUAUGUGGCUUUGCUAAAGGACAGAUCACAAUGUGGGACUUGACCAAUGGUAAACUUAUACGCACAAUAACAGAUGCUCAUCCCCCUGGUACUGCUGUCUUGCAUGUUAAGUUCACUGACGAUUUGACGAUUGCAAUUUGUUGCGACAGUGGGGGCUCUGUGUUUGAGCUAGAAAUGAAACGAUUGAUUGGAGUCAGGAAGUGUGAGUCUAAAUGCCUGUUCUCAGGGAGUCGUGGGGAAGUAUGUAUCGUGGAACCGUUACAUAUGAACUACACAGUGAAAGACCACCCUAUGAAAGACGUCAUGAUCUUGGCAAUGGCAAGCUUCUCUAAGGUUCUCCUCGUGAGACUUAGACCACAACUCAAGGUCAUGUUUGCCCAUCCAUUAAAGGGAGAUCCCGCUACCCUUCCCCUGUUGGCGUGGCAAUUUGUGAUCAUUCAGGUCUCACAGAAGGACAGAGUCAUUGACCCUGUACUUGCUUUUGGCAGAGAUCAGACCAUUCACUUCUAUCAGGUUGUAUGUAACAGCCCAGAGGAUAUUAAGAUGUGCCCACUGCAGAAAAUGGAACUUAGUUAUAAACUAAUGUCUAUCAGUUGGAUGAACUCUCGUACAUUAGUCACAAUUGACUCUUUGGAGAAAGUUCAUGUUAUUGAUGUGCGCACAGAGGAAGAAAUAGAGGUAAUAGACAUAUCUGGCAUAGAACUGGUCUAUGGGACCUCAUACUUUAAGUCACUAGCUACAGGGGGAAAUGUAAGCAAAGCAUUGGCAUACGCUGGUGAGAGGGCAUGCUACAAUUCUAUAGUGAGCUAUACAAGCCAGCUGAUACUCCUUGGAACAAAGUCUGUCCAUGUUAUGACAAUGAGGAAAUGGGAUGAGAGAAUCAACGUUCUUGUGAAACAAAACAACUACAAAGAUGCCCUUGCCCUGGCACAGUCGUUCUACUCGAACAAAGCUAGAGCUGUUGUGGGCCUAGCGGGAAACAUACAGAGGCGCAAAGUGGUUGUGGCAGAGAAGAUGUUGCAGCUACUUCAUGACUUUGUGGAUCGUUCGAUGACAACUGACUGCCCACAAAGAGGUAGCAUUCAGGAGCUUGAAUCCCAUUAUCUGGAUGUGGUGCCUGUCUGUGUGGACUAUUGUCUCAAUUUGGAUAGAAUGGAUAUAUUAUUUGGAGAAAUCUAUGAAAAGUUCAGUGCAGAUAUGAUAGCACAUGGAUUCUUCCUUGAGUGCCUCGAGCCAUAUAUCUUAAGUGACCGACUUGUGUUCAUCACCCCUGUCGUAAUGAAGGAUUUUGUGAAUCACUAUGAACAGAAAGGAAUGCUACAGGAUGUUGAGGCCUGUAUUGUGCACCUAGAUAUAGCAAGCCUUGAUAUUCACCAGGUUGUCAUAUUAUGUUGGAGCCAUGGUUUAUAUGACGCCAUAUUGUACGUCUACAACAAGGGGAUGAAUGACUACACAACACCUCUAGAAGAAUUACUCAGACUUUUAAGAGCUGCAGUUAUAACUGGCAAGCAAUUAACAGAUGAGCAGAUUAAACUUGGAAAUAAAUUAUUGGUGUACAUCAGUUGCUGUCUAGCUGGUCGCGCCUACCCACUUGGAGAUAUCCCCGAACAUCUCGUAUCUGUCGUCAAGGAAGAUGUCACUAAAUCUAUCACAUGUCUCCACACUAAGAAUCCAGAUUCAGAUGAACCAGUUUAUCCACAUUUGAAGAGCUUACUACAGUUUGACACAAGAGAGUUCCUCAAUGUUCUUGCUUUGGCCUUUGAAGAGGAGGAAUUUAACACAGAAGAUGGAGUGAAUCAAAGACAACGAAUAGUUGAUAUCUUACUCCAGAUCAUGGUAGAAAGUGUAGGAUUCACUCCAUCCCAAAUUGGAAUGUUGUUUACUUUCCUGGCGCGUCUCAUGGCCAGACAUGAGAACAAGAUCAUGGUAAACAGACUGCUGUUUGAACAGGUGCUAGAGUUUUUGUCGAAGCCAGGUGAAGGUUCAAGACAUGAAGAAAGGGAGCAGGCUCUCCUUGAACUACUUCAUGCAGGUGGCUUUCAACAGUUUGAUGAAAAGAGACUUCUCACACUUGCUGAGAAUGCCAAAUUUUUCCGUGUAUGUGAGCUGCUUUACCAAAAACAACGAAGAUUUGACAAAAUACUCUCCUGUUACUGGAAUGAUCCAGCCAGGCAGGACGCAGCAUUCAAUUACAUUGAAGUUGUAAUGUUGAGCGCUGAAUACACUGCAGCUGAGAAGCAAAGUGUUGAAAUUGAGGCCUGCAGCCAUAUACAGGAACUAGUGGGUAUAGAUGCUGGGAAAACAGCGCAGUUGGUCCUUGUAGGUUUUAACAACCCUCUCUCGGACACCAUCGGUAAGCUGGAGCCCAACCCAGAGCUUUUAUAUAAGUUUCUGCAUGGGGUCUUUGAAUACAAGGAGUCGAACGGAAGUGCAAUAUAUAGCGAAAAGCAAAUUACAUUGGAGGCAAACAUUCACGAGCGAUUCAUAGACCUAAUGUGUCAACAUGAACCUAAUAGUGUAUAUACGUACCUGAAGGGGGCAGAGGGUUAUAGGCUUGAAGAAACACUCAAUAUAUGUCGAAGGAGACAGGUUACCGAUGCAACAGCCUAUCUAUUGGAGAAGGCUGGGGACAUACAUGGGGCCUUCAACAUUAUACUAGAGAACCUACAGCAUAAGCUAGAUGGCCUUACUGGUCUGCUAAUUGAGCAGGCUAAGAACAACACCACAAAUGAUGAUAUUCCAAUCAGUAUGUCCAGUGUGCAGUCAUCCUUAACAGUUCUUAUCCAACUCUGUCAGCGGAACACUGGCAAAAUGAAUGAGCAAGACAGAGAGUCGCUAUGGUUCCCUCUCCUUGAGACCAUGAUGGCCCCAUACAGAAAGGUAAAAGAUCUGGUGGACAAAGACUGUCUACAAGAGUUUAAAGAGAUGACACGUCAUGUGCUAAACAGUAUGUCGGGGUAUAUCUCGCUACCAGCAAUACUCCAGAAAAUCAUGCAGGACCCAACAUACAGUACAGGAAAGUUUGAAGAGAUCAAGGACCUCAUAUUAGGAAUGUUGGAAACCUAUAACUAUGAAAAGACAUUGUUAAACACGUGUAAUAGUCUGCUAAACCACGACCUGCAUGCCCAGUUGACCAGUCUGACGAGAGUCGCUACACGAGGCUACAUAGCUAGGAGUAAUAGUUGCAGCCUAUGUAAUAAAACAUUCUCUGCCAGUACAGACAAUGACACAGCUAUUGUAUUCAAAUGCAGUCAUGCAUAUCACAUUCCUUGCCUGCAGAGCACUGGGUCAAGUCACAUGGUUGAUGGAGAAGAACAAUGGGUCUGUUAUCUGUGUAAUAGCAGUAAGAGGGGUGUGGCACCAAGCUCACGUAUACAAAGGUUAUCAUCCAAGGAUGGAACACAGCAAGCGCCAUCUAUAAAGCCUGAUAAAACUAAAAAAGAGGUUUAUAUAAACCCUCAGCAGAUCCAGGCCAUAGAUAACCUCAAGAAAAGUCAAAAAACAAGAUCCAGGUUGGUUGUUUUGCAUGAACUAUCGAAAAUGGACACAGCAGCCAGUAAAAGUUCAAAACAAAGUCGGAGUGGGAGCAGCAUUCUGUCCAAUGAGAACUUUCAGUUGAGACUAGCAGCGCCACCUGGAUUUGAUAGAGACUGAGUAAUAAUAUAUUUUAAGAAUAUGGUAGAUUCGCAUCGGUGCAACAUUAAAAAACCUAUCGUUUCUUUCACCUUAUUUAUUGGACAC